AUGGCCCUGUGGUUUUUCAUCCUUUCCUUUUGCCUUUGGCUUGCACCUGAGAGCCAUCCAGGCUAUGACCACGGGAAGCAGCUUAGUGACUUGGAGGCCAGAACCCACCGCCUCUCCAAUGUUAUCAAGGAGGUGGAAAAUAUCCCAACCAGGCGGGUUGAUUGGCACAUCAAGGACGCCUCCGUUCAGCUGGCCAAAUUGGCUCAGAAGAGUGACCUGGUCUCGACACCUCCUGCUUGGGUAUCUCCAAUCUUUGAGGCAGCAGGUGCUCAUGACCUUCAGAUGGAGCUGCGGUUCCUGAGGCCUACAGAAGUUCAAGCAGACCAAGAUCAAGACUCCAUGGCAACGCGGGGAGACUGCGUGUUAGCCUUGAAGGGCGAUCCUGGGCUCUUUGUGGUGUGCAGACUCUACGUAGGCACUGCAUUUGCUCAAGUAGAGCACACCUUUGGAGAUGAUGGCCAGGCAGUUUGCACCAAGCCGGUUUGCUUCAUCCGUGACCAGAUCAACGAGAAGGAUGGCUCUUUGGUCGUCGGCUUUGAAGUUCUUGAGGCCAUUCGUCGCGCCAGAAAGGAUAGCCCUGCGAAGGAGGAGGCUGCACCAGAGCGCUGUAGCCUGGGUGGAGAGAUGUUGUACCAUCGCUACCUCAAUCACAGGGUGCUGGACAUUCUGCAAGACCAGGUGAAUCUCAUCAGGUCCGGAAUGGUCCGGCGUAUCGAAUGGCGACUGGAAAAGGCUUCGCAACUUAGAAAGUGUUUUCCAGAGAAUGAAUGCCUUUGCAGCACCACUUUUGAAGCUGCGGGUGUCGACGAUUUGCAGCUUGUCUUCUACCCUUCAGGAUAUGUUGGAGCAAGAGAAGGUUUCUGUUCCUUCUUCCUCCAUUGUCCAGCAGGGAGUAUGAUCAAGUGCUGGCUUUCCGUUGGCAAACAUCGCCGAGAGGCCAAAUGUGCCUUCGAAAAGCCGGGUUUCUUUGGCCGCACCAACUUUUGCCGUUUCGACAACAGUAUUGACACCACGGACGAUACCACUCUGCUGGUGUUGGAGAUUGAUGAGGCUCAAUGGAACAUUGAGGAGAACUUGUCGCACUUGCCAAAGGUUAGCACAGUGUCUACCAAGCACAACAGCAGCAUCCUUGACGAAGACUCAAUGCCACCAAGUCCGAUUUCCCAGAUGUUUGCCGCAGUGGCCUUGCUUUCCGUUUUUGCAGCUGAUGCAACUGCACCUGCUGCACCUGCCAGCAUUGCUAACCUGGCCACCAAUCCAGCCAACACGGAUGCACACCUCAAGUCUGUGGCUGGAGCACUGACAGAUCUCCUGAAGACCAAUGGCGCCAAUCAGGCCAGCAAUACAUCCGACAUCGUGAAGACGAUCAAGGAUUUGCUCGAGAAGAACAUGAAAGGCCAUGUGAUCGGCAACUUCAACAAGAGCCUUGCGGCCAUCGAAUCUUCCCGGAACGAGUUCGUGAAGUGCCGCCUGACCUACGCGAAGUCGGAUCCUGUCCGAUUCCCAGCAACCUCGUUGCUCCAGGCCAACGGCACGAACAGCACUCCUUGGUACGAGGCCUAUUUCCAGGCCUACAGUCAGUGCAAGGCAUGGGAGGGACAAGUUGCUGCGGAUUUGACUGCCUGCGACUACUCUUGCACUUCAGAAGUGAAAAUUAUGGGUGAGAACUGCACAAACCUUGGACUUGAAUGUGGUCCAUUGGACUGCACUCCGGUGAGCGGCGAGGGUUACAAAGCCUUCCUGGACAGAAUGAUUUCUGAGAUCAAAACACAGAUUGAUGUGUUGACGUUGGCUCGUUCUGGGCCGGGCCGCUACAAUCUCACACACCGCUGCACCGAUAUCUUGGGCACUGCCGAGCGAUGCUUCAAGGAUUGCCAUGGCCACAUUGAGGAGAUAGUCCCCAAGGCGGCAUCCGACAUCCCAGGAUGCUGUGCUCCUCGCACACAGGCGGAGGAUGCCAAGUGCAAGGAGCUCGGUGAUCAGCGCACGGCAUGGGAGGAAUACGACGCUUGCUAUGAUGCCGCAGAGCCACAGUGGGAGACGACCAAAGCAGAGGAGAUUGCCGGGGAGUCCGCCCUGCAAGCCCAGAUGCGAUCCAUUCUGAGGAUGCUUUGUUACAUUGAUUCCUUCGGAGAAGAUCAGGCUGCCAAGUUGAACCAAUGUGUGGAGAACGACUACACGAAGCACCCAGAGGUGUUGGCCCUGACCAUCGAGCCAGGUGUGCCAGAGGCAAAGCUUUCUGCCUUUGCAUGCAAUGCCAGCGAGACGCCGGGAACCGCAGAGUUUGACGAGCUGCACUAUGCUCAUUUGCCUACUGGUCUUGCCAGCUGCCCCCAGUUGCACUGCCAGGACAUUUGCGGCUUCGUGAACAUCAAGGCCAUGAACGCCAGCACCUCCACGGUGGCACCAUUGGUGGAGAAAACCACCGUGAAGAGCCAGUGCUUCAAAAAGGCCGACUCCCAAAGCGCCGUGUUUUGGGACCUGGGCUCCGCUCAGAACAUUGGCACCGUCUCAGCAAACCCUUCAGCUGGUGUGGCCAGCAUCAAGGUCUACUUGACAUCCUCAGGACCUGGAGAGGCGUUGGCAUCCAGUUCCAUGUGCGGAACCAUCACCCACACCUCCAACAGCGUAGAAUGCAGCUCCAAGGGUUCAGGACGUUACUUGGCCAUGGAACCAUUUGUGGAUGGCACCUGCGUCUUCGGCUCUUGUACACAGAGCUGGUGCUUGUUGCAGGUCGAUGGCAGCGCCAUGACACAGGAGCCAGUAGCAUCUACUGGAUCUUCCUACAUGGGAGAGGUCGUCGUGAACGCCAACACCACCGCCUGA